AUGAACGACUAUUUUGUCUACUUUUUGUGUUUUGGUAAGAAAGCCGAUUCGCAACCACCACAAGAAAUAAUUCAAAGAAAUGAGAUCCAUGAAAAUGCAGAUUCAAUCAACGGGGGUUCAAAUGAGCGACGAGCAGACGACCAAAAUGGUGGAGAGCGUUUCGAAGUGGAAGAGAGUUCCACAGGUGAAGUUGAACGAGAGGAGAUAAGAAGAGCCCUCGAGAGAGGAGCAACAGUUACACGGGUUGAAAAAAUAUGUAUUAUCCCGGACCCUCCAAGAGCACGAAGAAGCACGAUGAUGUCGGCGGAUGGACAAACUGCUCAUGAUUGA